GUAAGUCAACUGAGAUUUCCAGACCUUCAGAGUUGGGAAACAAACUCGGUAUAUGUAGUGAAACAUGUUCAUUACAGUGAUGCAGCUCCUCACGGCAUUAUAUAUGCAUAAAUUAAUGUAAUUCAAAGGCAAUGAAGACCGUUGUUAGUAUACUGUUCUUAACCUUCGUGGCUUUGCUUGAUUCUGGUGAAUCAACUUUCGGCAUUCGACAAGUUUCACUAAAUGAAGUGUUCAGAUACCUUGAAGAAACUGCCAAUAAGAAUGUGGGUAGUAAAACUGGUAUUUAUUAUUUCAAAGCAAAAGGUGGUACAAAGGUAAACAUACUCACGCAUGGCUUGGGUAUCAAUAUUGAACCAUUAAAAGUUAUAGAGCAAGGCUUUGUCAUCGGACUAAAAUUAAAUAAUCAACUUGCUCGAAUAUAUGAUCAGAAUAGAAAACCAAUUGUAAUCGCUUAA